CCCGAGUCCGCACUCGUUGUACCAAAGGCGCGCUAGGACAGGCGGAGCACUCAACGGAGGCGACUUACUGCUCCAAGAGCGUCCUCUAUAAGCAUGGAGAGGCUCGCUCGACAGGUUCAAGAGACCCAGAAGCUACUGAGCGAUCCCCAGACGAACUGGUUGGCCUGUUCCUCGGCAAUUGAGGAGCUGGCGACGGCUGUGGAGGCGCUCCGACCAUCUACGAGUCGCAAGGAUGCAGCUAAACUACUACUGAGCCUCUCGGGCAACAUCGUCACGCAGCUGACCUCGCACCGAUCGAAGCUGGUAAAGGACACGUGCGAGUGUCUACUAAGGAUCGUCAAUGUUAUGGGACGAGACUUCCAGGACGUGGCCAAUGCCUUACUGCCCCAUAUCGUCGGCACGGCCAAGAACUCAUCGGCAGCCAUCCGACAACCAGGAUCCAAGCUGCUAAGCAAGAUGUCAGAGGUCGUGCGGUACGACCUGUCGUUCCUGAAGAAGAUCUACAUGCCAUUAAUGCAGCGUAAGGAAGAUACCUCUGGAGGACACUGCGAUGCUUCGCAGGGGGUUUUAUCUGACGAGUUUAUGGUGUUCUGGAUGUACAGCUAAGGCUAGUAUGCUGGUGUUGGAGCAACUGGGGAUCAUUUUCGUCUACUGGAGUGAUAGCGAAGUGGUGCCAUACGAGUCGGACGUGCUGGACAUGAUUCGACGAGGACUGGAAAAUCAGGACGAAAAAGUCCGCAAAACGGCGCGUGAGGUUCUCGCGCGGUUCUCUUCACGAUGGAGUGAACGUGUGGAUGAACUGGUGGACAUGCCGUCAAGCCAAUCGAAAGCGCUACUUGUCAGUGAGCAUCGCGAUUCGCCACUAGCUGAAGCAAUCCUGAAGAAAUACCCGGAGUUGAGCAGCAAGUCGGAUUCGCUCUCUCGCAGCAGAUUAUCUUUUCCAGAGUCGCGCACCGGAUCUCGCAAGUCUCCUCGACACAAGCGUGAGCAGAAUGUUGAAAUUCUUGUAUCGAAGACUCCCCCUCCGAAGCAACGCGAGCAACGUGGAGUCUCAAUCCAAGAAUCGAACGUCGCAUUUACUGCGAGUACUAGUAUGAGAAGAAUGGCUACGUCCCCGGAGAGUACUGUACGUGAGAAGAAUGCAGACUCGCGGCGGUUAUUGGACGAUCUGGAUGUUCCGGGUGGUGACGAUGGCCAGCAAGAAGAUGCACUCGAGGCAUUCGAUGGUUCACAGAUGUACAAAACGGCGGAGUCGGAGAGUUCACAGCUGCUUGCACAAGAGAUUGGGGACAUCCCGAGUCCUCCACCUGCUAUUCCAAGCCGAGGGCGAUCAUCAAGUACAUCUAGUGUUGAGGUAGCAUCGCUGCGCCAUCCUGCCGUCCGAAAGCUUCAGGAAACAAAGAUUCCGAGCCCGUUGUCUCGUAGCCCAAGUCUUCUCAGAAAGAAGAGCCUGGACUCAUCUUCUAGCGCUACUAGUUCUCCAAAGCAACGGCCGUGUAUGCUCCCUCGCCCAGGUAGCUUUACGCAGGAAGCGCGUGGAAGUAGCGGGCCGUCCACACCUGUUGGUAGUUCGAAGCUUGAAGAGGACAAGACUGACACGAAUCCUUUGAGCGCAAGUGACGAGUAUUUCAGCAAGCCGAUCCCCAGUUCUAUUGCAACUCCGACACCGACACCUCCGUCGACAGACAACGUAACUCUCCGAUCUAGACGACGAAUGUUUGUCCGCGAAGACCAAGACAACUCGCUGCUGCAAACUUACGCUCCCGAGCUGUCGUCACCGGAGUUGUCAGCGUCAGAAGAGUUUGUUCAACCGCAGCAAGAGGAAAAAAUGCCGGGUGCUGUCGUGUACACAAGUUCAAUGGGCCAGGACGCAGCGUCACCUCUGCAUUACCAACUGUAUGCUGGCAACAGCGAUGAAGCAGAUGACAUUGGUCAACUGACAGAAGGGAGUGACCACAUUGAGUCCGACACUGAGUGGGACCACCGCCGACAGGAUUAUAGCGACUACCCUGUCUCUGAGGAAGAGGAGGACCAACAAAAGUCGAGUUUUAUCACGAAGAGUGAUACGUUCCCAGAUGAAUGGCAUCUUGACGACGGGCCCAGACACAAAUUUGAGCUUGAAGAUGACAUUGGCGAUCAUUUAAGUGACGAAGAGCAGGAUGGAGCCAAUGUUGUUGGCGCGGUGGAAGACAAGCAGAAAUUACUUAUGAACGAGGCGGAAAUGCUCGAAUCAGUAUCGCUCGAGAGUGUCGGAUCGACACGGCAGGAGUACUUCACGGCGCGAAGAGAUUAUGAAGAGGAAGAAUCUAUUGAGGAGCACGAGGAGCUGAUUACGGAAGACACACCCACCAGUGACGCGCUAGCUGGCCUGCUGAACGUUCGUGCCGAAAUGACACGCCUUCGUGAGAUCACACGAAAGGAAGAAAGCAGCUAUGGAUUGCCAUUCAAUGAACGUCAUGAUCCAUCUACACGGUACGGAGGAAAUACGACGGAUGCUGCUGAAGAAUCACAUGAAAUUUCGCAUGUAACGAGCGCUGUGUCUUGGGAGAACCCUACCAGUAAGGGACCGUCGUACUUGGAGCGCUUGACUAGCGCUGAUCGUUCUGCACGGAGCCCGCUUAUUACACCGCCUACUGAUGCUACGCGUGGAGAACCGAGUGACUUUAUGAAGCAGCAAUUACCGUUGCAAACGUUUGGACCGACUUUGCAGGACUCCGAUGAUGACCACGAACAGGUGGAGGGCAAGAACAUUUUUGCUGAACAUGCUCAAUCACCGAGUCCGUCGUCAGUAUUUGACCAGGCUACUAUGACGAACGAUGAACCCAAGAUGGAACCUGAAAGCUACAGCUUGCACGCAGAACCAAACACUGGUCUUCAAGAGGUUUCCCAGAACCAGGAGUCGUUCAUUGCCCAUGAUGCUCAUGCUGGACGUUUUGAUGCUGCAGAAAAACUGUUUGCUGCUGAGCAAGUCCACGAUUUCUAUGGCAGACCGCAAUCACCGCAUGAGCCUUAUAUGGCACAUCAGGGACGCGAGCAGGAGCUCUACAAGCGUUCUGAACCUUGCUACCCUGCACCAACACGGAUGGGCGAUAAGCUCGGUUCCGCUUUUGAACGUAAAGCGGUGACUAGAGAUGUCGAUGAUGCUCCAAAGACUGCCCUUGCUGAAAAUUUGAUCGAGGCAGACGAUUCUGGUAAAGAAGCUGCUCCAAAGCCAGCUCUGGAGAAGACUGAUGAAAAAGCUUCAUCGCCGCCGUAUCAACGAGUACCAAGCAUUGUUGAAUCGAUGCUGCCAGCAGAAAACAAGCGUGAUAUUAACCCGACACCUGCCAAGACGCCGGCGAAUGCUACACCAGAGAGAACUCCUCCGGCAGCCAAACUGAGCUGGGUUUACUCCUUUGGCAUCUCGCUUGUUAUGCUUCUGUCGGCAAUUUUCUGCAUCGCUGGCAUCCUCCACGCAGCAAAUAAAGUGAACGAGUCGCGCGAGUAUCACCUGGAUCUGAAAGAGCGUAUUGGAAAAUUUGAGUCGAGUAUCACUGAGUCCCACAAGAAGGUGCUCAAGCUGGAGAAGGACUACGCUAUCUGGAGUGAAUACGUCCGCAAACUGACCGAAGAAGACGAAGCGAAUGCCCUGACUCAGCUGCAAGCACUCCACGUUGAAGUGCAGAAAUGGCAACGUGACAUGCACGAAGACCUCGUGCAAUUCCGACAGGCGCUAUCGGUGGACUCCAUCGAACAAGCGUUUGCGAACUUGCGUGUGAACAGCACGAAGCAAAUUGGAGAUUAAGUAAGUACGACGAAAGCGACAGCGCCGCUCCAAAUAUUUGCCGUUGUCCAGGACAGCAACCACUGUUGCGUCCAUCUAUUUAACUAUACAGGACUACAGUAGAGCACUCUACUGCUGGUUCUGGAAAUCAAAGCUACCGUCCUCGUUUUGCGCGUUCUUGUCGACAGCAACAUCCAGUCCACGGUUCGCCUCCUUCAGCCUGUCGAGAGCAUCGUGUCCAUCUUUACCGAGUGUGUUUCCUCCCAUUUCCAGCGUCUUCAAAGACGGAUGCGAGUGCAGCGCAUCGAACAUCGUGACGCUGAGAGCCUCGUGCAACUGGUUGGCACCAAUGCCAAACGUUUCAAUGACUGAAUUGGCCAGCAAUGUAGGUAAUAACUCACUCAAUUGCUCACCCAGCUUGUUGUUGAACAGGUGAAGCUGCGUGAGCGACUGAGCCUUGAGUAACGGCGUCAUACCGACACUGGUAAGUCCGUUGUUGCCCAUAUCCAGGUACGUCAGUGUCGUGUUAUUCGCCUCCAACACAUCAGCAAGAAGCACAGCGCCUUCAUCCAGACACUUGUUGUUGUUGAUACGCAGAGUCUGCAGCGUCUUGUUCUCACGAAGACCUUCAGCCAGUGAAGCACACGCACUCGGUGUCAACUCAUUGUCCGACAAAUCGAUCUCCAUCAACGCCGUAUUCUGCUUUAAAGCAUCGGAUAGAGCAGCUACAUGCUGAUCCCGUAACUUGCACUCCUUAAGCUGUAACUUCGUCACCGACUUGUUCUUCGCCAGCGCAUUAAAGAACGUUGACGUUGCGCUCUCCAGUGCGUUAAACGACAAUUGAAUCGUCGAUAACGAGCAGCUCUCGCUCUCCACAAGAGCAGCCAAGUGGUCGAGUCCAGCACCUGAAAUCCCGACCACCGUCACAUUCAACUCCUUGACUCCCGACUGAGAGUUCUCCCUCAAUCCCUUAGAUAGUUUCUCGACUCCUUCGUCUCCAAUCUGGUUACGGGAUAGCGAUACAGUCGUUAACGACUUGUUAGUCUUCAGCAGCUCCGCGAUAGCCGCAGCGCCGUUCACGCCAAGCGACUUGAACUCCAAGUCCCAGUUCUGGAGUCCCGACUGGGCAUUGCGAGCCAAACCAGCACAUAGAACUUGCACAGCUUCAUCUCCGAGCUUCUCCGAACCGAGACUCAAGUGCUUAAGCGUCGUGUUUACAGCCAAACAAUCGGCAAAGGCCUGUAGUCCAAGGGGUCCCACCUGGUGACCGGACAGAUAAAGCUCUUCCAGUAAAGUGUUGCUGCUGAUGGACGAGGCCAA